CGCUUGCGUUGCUGAGUUUGCGUGAAGGCGCCUUGAUUUGAAUUCUGCACCAGCGGAACUCGAUGAAUAUUCAACUUUCUGAGGAGUUCGGGAAAUCAUGUUCGGUGAAAAGGCAAUAGAACUAAUCCAUGAGCUUCAGAGAGCUGUCAACGGGUCGCUUCCCCCUUUUAAUGAAGAAGGUGUUAGGCAAGUUCUUGAAGAAAUGAAAGCUCUUUAUGAUCAAAACCAAUGCGAUGUAGAGGCGACGGUUCAGGGAGAGAAAGAUCGCCUUCCAGCUGUCCAGUUUCGUCACACAUGUCUUGAAAGAAACAAACGAUGUCUCCUUGCUUAUUUGCACAACAGACUGUGUAUGAUCCGUGAUAUGAGAUGGGAGUUUGGGAGUGUUCUACCGGCAGAGGUCAAAUACAAUCUCUCAGAACAAGAGGUACAGUGGUUUACAAAGUAUAACAAGUCAUUAGCAUCCUACAUGAGAACAUUAGGACAGGAUGGACUUGAUCUCACACAGGACCGCAGCCCUCCAAAGAGCCUAUACGUAGAGGUAAGGUGCUUGAUGGAUUAUGGUGAAUUUGAGACAGAAGAUGGCAGUACGGUGGUACUAAAGAAAAAUAGUCAGCAUUUUCUUCUGAGAUCUCUUUGCGAGCCUCUGAUAAGACAAGGUAUCUUAGAGCAUAUUAUGUCAUGAUGGAUGCUAUACAGCUCUCUUCAAAGAAACAUGAUUGAUAAAUCUUUAGCCAUACCGAUGCUGGACGUGACCUGAAAGGCUAUUACAAUAUCAUUGACGUUCCAGUGUACAUCCAUUAGACCAAUUGGUUUGGGUGUUUUUUACUGGUUAUUAAUGAAUAGGGGGGGCUUCACUUGUGUGUAAAGGCCAAGGCACACUUUCCGACUGGUCCAUGAUCUGAUUUUGGAAUACCGGUAAAUCUUGUUUUGCCAUAUUUCUGAAAAUAUGUAUAAAAAGUAUCUUUUAAUUCCAAAAUUAGGUCGCAGACCAGUCAUAAGGUGUGUCAUGGCCGUGUCAGAGGUUAGUUUGUACACUGGUAUAGCAACACACCUGGCUCAUUACAAGACUCAUUGGAAGUGUCUUCUUCUUUGGAAGCCCUCAGUUAUGGCUGCCAUAAGAUGCAAUGUUCUGGGGUCGCAUUUAUGUAUUGGCUAUGACAUAUCGUUCAAUAAAAUUAUAAGAUUAUGAAUGUAUGUGAAAUGAAAUACCAGUAAUGAUAUCUUAUAUAUGCAGUCAGCAGCUCUUAUCACAUAAUUUUGACUAUUCCAUAUAAGACUUGGAACCAGUGAAAUUUGAACCUAUGAUCUCGUAGUAAUGAGUUGAGUCGG